UGACAGGUGUUUACGCGCCAAACAACAAUGGUUGCUUGCUAACGUUUGAUAAAAGUUUUUGAUGCACGUUUUUAAUUGCAAUUUACGUAUUUUCUAAACUAAAAACCGCUGUAAUCGUUAAUUUAACGUUUAUUAACUUUGUUCGAGCUACAAUAUGUAGCAGUACUAUCAAUAUACGAGUAGAAAUUGUAUCGUGUUGUGAGGCUGGAUCACCGAUACGUUGAGAGUGCCGUGUCCUAUUUCAUGUUUUAUUGUUAAUUAAGGUCAGGAAUUCGGUCGUAGAAAUGUCUGCGACGACUCCUAGGCGUUCGACGCGGAUCCCGCACACUCAUACGCCAAAAAUGUCUGAGCGUAAGAAGGGGUUAUUUCAACGUGAGGAGUUGCCUUCGCGGGAGUCAUUGACGACGCAUAGGAAGCUGCCGGUGGUGGACAGCGAGAGCGACAGUGAAGAUUGUGAUUUGGGGAUCAUCAGUACGCUGGAUUCCAGUUCUGAUGAGAAUGACCAGAAUGUUCCCAAGACUCCAGAGCGAAGCCUGUGGCAUGAAACAAGAAGCCAGACUCGUAAGCUUCUGAAGGAAAGCAAUGAUUUGAAGAAUUUUAUCAAAUCUCCAUUUACUUUGAAGAAGUAUCAGACGAGGUAUUGUCCAGAGUCAAAAUGUUCAGGUUCAGUGUCCACUCCGGCUACUCCUCACCUGAACAACCACCCUGGUACUCCAUCUUCUACGCACUCAUGUGCCAGUGUCCAUACAACUUCUUCUACCUCAAGCCGGGCUCGCAAAAGCCUGGCCAGUCUCAUCGCCGACACAGAAAGCUGCAGCAGCUCUCUGAAAGACCUAAACUUUGACACUGAUUCAGGAACAGAUUCUAAGGAAAAUACACCCACUAAAUCUCUAAGGAGAUCCAAUAGAAGGAACAAGCUGACUCCCAAAUUCCACAGCUUCAAAGGCAUACUUUUGGAACAGAAGAAAAAUGUUUCUCCGAUGAAAACCGCGGUGGUUUGCUUGACAAAAAUGGAUAUGACUAGCAUCAUUUCCCCUACGCAGAUGCAGAAGACUCCUCAAACGACAGACGCGGGUGCUUCGCCCCCUAAACUGGGACACAACCGUCGUUCCGUCAUAGAGAUUGGUGAAAGUCCCGAAUCGGCUUGUGACAGCGAAAAGAGCAACAAGAGACUUCGGAACGAUAGUCUUUCGGAACACGGUCCAAAUUCUAAGUACCCUAGACUGGAAAAUGCUCCUAAAGCACGUCUGUCACUGUUCAACAGCGACAGGCUAAAAGAAAUCUUGUCUGCUAAGUCCUUCUACGGGAAGAGCAACCCAGACCUGAACACGAACCUAACAGCUAAGAUUUCGCACGCGAUUGAAGCUACGACCACCAACAGGCGUUUGAGACAUUCUCACUCUCACAGACGUAAGAGGAAGCCGGGACAGAUUAAUUCAGGAGUGAGACAUAGGAUUAGGAAGCCUAAGUACCACAAGAGUAAGGUAGUGAAGUACCAGAAUGCUUCGCUGAAUAGUUCCAUGUUGAAUGACACCGUCAUUUCGAAUCCCAAUGUGACUGAUGCGUCAAUGCUCAGCCAAAGCCAGAGCCAGAACUCGUCGCAGGAACUCUGUAAUGAUAAAGCGGAUCCAUUUGACAAAGAAAAACAGACAAUAGAAGCCCUAUUAAGCCAAUGGACGGAGGAAGACAUUCCGGAAUCCGAACUAUCAUACUCAAAGCCCAUACAAGAGCUACCAUGUUUCAACAGCACAGUUAUAGAAGAAACUAAACCAAUAUUCCAACCAAUCACAGCCGUGCCAGUUAACAUGGCAACACUACCACAGGAUAGCGAAGCUGUUAUUGUAGAGCUGGGUUGCCAGAAGGAAAUAAUGCCGCAGAACAAUGGUCUACCGUCGACGGUAGCGACGUUACCGCAAGUGGCACUACCACCGUCGGUAGCACCUUUGUCACGAGUGUCAGUGCCAUCAAUAGAUCUGACCUUGCCACCUUCGGUAGCGAAUGACGUGGUUAUGACUGAAGUGGACGGUCAUGCGCAGAGCCAUGGCGAGCUGCCCAAGAGUGGACAGUUUCUGCCCGUGGAAGGCGGGUAUAUUCUGGUUGAGGAGAAUGCUGUGCAAGCACAAGAAGUACUACCGGACUUGGACGAGAUCGAGCGUGAAUUGAAGAUGCUGGACGAACAGAUUCUCAAGAUGGCGGAGUCUAACAACAUCAACCCUGAAGCCGUGUUGGCAUCCACUGAGACCAUACCGCCUGUUGUUAAAGAUGUGCCCACGACGUCAACAGACACUAGUGACAAGUCCGACAAACCUAAACUGUUCCCCAUCUUCGACAAGCCCAACCCUGGCAUUGCUGCUGCUGCAAACUCGAAAGUUGGAGACAAGAGUAAGAAGUUGAUCAAGACUGGUGAGGACCAGUACGUCAUAGACGCCGGGCAGAAGAAGUUUGGAGCCACCCAGUGCACGGAGUGUGGGACUAUCUAUCAGAUUGGCGACCCUCAAGACGAGCAUGAUCACUUGGUGCACCACAACGCUACAGAUGUGCUGAAGUUCAAUGGUUUUAAAGACGAGUGCAUAGUGGACAGGCCGAGUCCCACAGAGCGGUGCAUCCGCAUUAGAGGAGGAGAGAAUGGGUGGAAGAAAGUGGAUCAACUGCUGAACAGAGUGGUGCAUCCUCAGCUGGGGUACGGGAACGAACUGCCCAAGGACCAGAUACAUGCUUAUACGGCGUACUUAUACGUGGAUAAGAAACAAAUAGUGGGCUGUCUGAUUGUGGAGCCCAAGUUGCGAGCGUACAAGCUGAUCCCCGGCGACCCUGACUGCUGCAGCGUCGAGGGUUAUUCUGUCAAGUGCGGUGUAUCCCGAAUUUGGACACACAUAAACCAUAGGAGGCGUGGUAUUGCAGCACGCUUAUUAUCUUGCGCCCGGGCUUCCUUCCUGUACGGUGAAGCGCUAAGAGUGACAGACAUCGCCUUUAGCGCGCCCACGGCGGCAGGCAAAGCCUUCGCGACCAAAUACUGUGGAACGCCAAACUUCUAUGUAUAUUUGGAAUGAAAAAACUCAGUAUAAGUGUUGAAAAACUUUAUAAAAAGGUGUUUGUGUUCAUUAAAGUUCGGUUUGCAAACUCCAUGACGUGUAAAUAUUAAUAUGAAGUGUUUUUUAAGUGAUUUUGGUGGUAUUUAGCUUUGUGGCAGUUUCGUAGGCUUUUUUAUAUUAAUUCUGAUGGUUUUUGAUGUCAUUUUUGUCUAAUUCUUACUCUGUAGUGAAUAAGAAACAAAUUUAUAACUAUUAUCUUAUCGAAAACCUAUAGUUAUUAUUAUAAAAAGCCUACACUACCACUUGCAAGCUAAAAUAAAACUAACUAUCAACAACUUGUGUGUGAAGUGCGAAAAACAAGUCUACCUCAGUGUGUGAAAACUGCAGUGUAUUUGUGACUAUUGUUAACUUAAAUAUGUUCUAAGUUAAGAUUAUGGACAAUAAUUAAUGCAUGGAAUGCAUAACUAAGGAAAACUCGUGUUUUAUGAACUUUUUUCCAGAAUACUUUGAUUACUAUUGUGAAAAUAUACAGUAAUUUAUGUUACAAGGGCAUUAAUAGGUGUAAUAUCUGCUAUUCUGUGUUAAAAUUGUUCUAAAUCUUUAACCUGUUAUAUACCAUCAGACAAGAGGUUAAAAAAAUGUUGCAAAUGUCAUUUUUACAUUUGAGUAAUAAUAUAUUACUAUUUCAAUAGUAGGCAAAGACUACAUAAAGGAUAUCUUAUACUGAUUACAUAUGAAAACUCCUAUUUCUGAUGUUUUGCGGAUAAAAGACAAGAUGUGUAAGUUAAAAAUUGUUAAAAGUGUAGUUUUAACUCUUAAAAAAUUGUUACAGUGAUUUUAAAAGCAAACAUUCUGCAUGCCUUUUUGAUAUUUUUGUAAAAAUAUGUUUUUGAAACAUUUUUCUUGAAGAGCAUGUUUAAAAUAAUGUUUGAUUUAAAUAAAAGACAUAAAUAUUCUUAUGAGAAUAUUAUUUUUGAUACUAUUUUACUAUUUUCUUGUUAUUGCAUGACAAAAUUAAACUAUUGCCAAGUGAUUACUUUGGGUCCAAUUAGGUGUAUUUUAAAAUAAGCUGUGUACUAAACUUUUAAGUCAAAAGUGAUAGUUUAUUUCAGGUUGAUUGAUAUCUUUACUUGAUUUACAAAAAGAAGUAAUUUUACUCUAGCUCAGAGCUAAUACAUAAUACAUGUAAACGCCAUAUUUGUCAAUAUAAAAGUUAACAAUGAAACAAAAAGAAAAGUAUUUAACUUUUGAACAAUACAAUAUGUCGCAAAUUUCAUUGGAUAUAAGGUUGAAUUUGCAAAGUUAAUAUUUAAAUUGACAUUGCAAAAAGUUCUCUAAACAACUAACUAUACUUAUAUUGAAAAUUCUUAGUUUUCUUACCAGCAAAUAUAAGAGAAAUACUGAAAUAAAUAAGAUAAUUGAAAAAUACUCUACUGGUUUCAAGUAACACUGGGUCUCUUGUUGGUAUGGUCCACAGUUGACCAUAACAGCUAUACUUUUGCAAUUAAGUAUAUCCCACGACAGUAAUUUCGCAGAGAAAGAAUAAUUUACAAUAUGAUUUAGUAAAAAAUGUUCCAACGAAAUUAGUAAUAUUGAAUUUUUACUUAUAAGACAGUGCCAAUGUCGAUUUUAAAGUCGUUAGAUUAAGUUUAAUGUGCCUCAAGUAAUUUAAGUUUAUUUCUAAGUGUAAUUUAAGAUUUUAGAUGUUGUUUAAACGUUUUUUUAAUGUUUUUGAAGAAUUUUACUGAAAUUUUUGAGUUCAAUUGUGGUUUUAAAGAAUUAAUUUUGAGAUGAAUUUGUGAGAUUUUAUCACAUUUUUGAUUUUGAUUUAUUUUUACUGCUACCACUUGAUGGUCUUUUUUAGUUUUAAAUAAUCCAGUCACCAAACUUGCAUUACUAUGUUAUAUUUUUCUACACAUACCUCAAUAGUUUCGAAGCAAAGUUUUUACGCUUUCUAUAAAUGUAAGUUCAGGACAGUACGCUUAUAUUUAAGGUUUACAUAAGUUAGGAUAAUUUGUUAGUAGCUUCCCACAUGGGCAGGCUUGCGAAACGACUUAAUACUCUUAAUAAUUUUAUUGAAUUUGUUUUAUUAUAACUUGUCCAUGUUUAAAGCUUAGCACAGGUUUUUAUAAGCAAUUUUAGAAGUUUCCUCAGUGAAAAAUAAAUUAUUUCUGUAUAAUAUUUACCAAAAAAAAAAAAACCCUUAAAAUAAAUCAGAUUUAUUUGACGCUACAAAUUGAUGUCAAGACUCCAAAACUCACAAAAUUCAUAGAUAAGUAACAUUUGAAAGUAAAUAUGUACUGAAUUUGCAAAGUACUCUAAUACCGAAAUAUGGUAAUGUGCAAUAACUUGUCCCUAAAAACUGUGCUAAGCUCUUAAAUCUUUCAUUGUGUCAUCGAAUCCUAGUCUCUAUUUAUGUUAUGAUCUGAAUUUAACACCUUUUUAAUACAAUUCUCUGUCAACCACAUAUUUUUUGAUAUAAUUAUAGUCUUUUUUUAACAAUUUCCAGUUUUACUUGCAAUAUGGGUUAGCCCAAAGAUGUUUCAUACUGUAAGACAAUGGACGUGUAAAUAUUAAUUUAUUUAUAGUAACUGUUUCACUGUCUCAACGUAUUUUUAAAUGUUUUUGACAAAAUUCUCGUUCACUCUCCGAUGUGCUCUUUUGAAAUUACACAGAAGUGUGAAUUUUGGUUUUAAUACUUAUAAUAAAAUUGAUUUUUAUUA